CCUUUUACAUCUGUGUCCACAAACACUUGUGUCCAAGUGUCCGCUGAGGCUCCACCAACUCCUCCCACUCGGCCCUGUCAUCACUACAGGAGAAACAUCCUCCUCUCUGAGGAGCCGGUCCUCUGGCUGACUUUUCACAGUCCGGUGCCCCGACAGGACUCAGCGAGCAUGGCCGGCAGUCUGACCCAGCACGGCUCCCCGAACCCCGGCUACAGCGCCAACAGCGCGGUCACCGUCCCGGUCAUCACGCAGACGGACUCCAGGGACAAGUGGAGCAAAAAGAUGGAUUUCCUCUUGUCUGUCAUUGGUUUUGCGGUGGAUUUGGGGAAUGUUUGGAGGUUUCCUUACAUAUGUUAUCAAAACGGUGGCGGUGCGUUUCUGAUUCCCUACAUUUUGAUGGCCAUCUUUGGCGGCGUGCCUCUCUUUUACAUGGAGCUGGCACUGGGGCAGUUCCACAGAACCGGAGCCAUAUCCAUAUGGAAACACAUUUGCCCCAUUUUCAAAGGUAUAGGAUAUGCUAUAUGUGUCAUCGCUCUGUAUGUGUCCUUUUACUACAACACCAUCAUCGCCUGGGCCCUCUUCUACUUCUACUCCUCGUUCUCCACCAUCCUGCCUUGGACAAACUGUGACAACGUGUGGAACACCCCCGACUGCACCAACUAUUUUGGCAUGGACAACGUCACCUGGACAAAUUCCUCCAGGUCUCCGGCAGAGGAAUUUUACACGAGAAACGUUCUUGAGAUCCACAAGGCUUCAGGACUGAGGGACGUCGGCGGCGUGCGCUGGCAGCUGAUGCUCUGCCUUUUUCUCAUUUUCACCAUUGUUUACUUCAGCCUCUGGAAGGGAGUGAAGACCUCAGGGAAGGUGGUGUGGGUGACCGCCACCUUGCCAUACAUUGUGCUUUUCAUCCUGCUCAUUCGUGGGGCCACGCUGCCAGGAGCGUGGAGAGGCGUUGUGUUUUACCUAAAGCCCCAGUGGGAUAAACUGUUGGAGACCAGUGUGUGGGUGGAUGCUGCUGCUCAGAUAUUCUUCUCCCUGGGGCCUGGCUUUGGGGUCCUCCUGGCUCUCUCCAGCUACAACCCUUUCACUAAUAACUGCUAUCGAGACGCCAUCGUGACUAGUCUAGUAAACUGUCUGACCAGCUUCAUUUCGGGAUUCGUCAUCUUCACGGUGCUCGGCUACAUGGCAGAGAUGAGGCAGGUAGAGGUUGAGGAUGUAGCCAGGGACAAAGGACCAAGUCUCCUCUUCAUCACGUACCCAGAGGCCAUUGCAAACAUGAUGGGCUCUACGUUUUUUGCCAUCAUCUUUUUUGUGAUGAUGAUUACACUGGGGCUCGACAGCACGUUUGGGGGGCUGGAGGCCAUCAUCACCGCUGUGCUGGAUGAAUACCCAGAUGUUCUCUCACAAAGACGUGAACUGUUUGUGCUGGCCCUGGUGGUGAUCUGUUUUUUGGGCUCGCUAAGCACCCUCACUAACGGUGGUGCCUAUGUUGUGAAGCUGCUGGAGGAAUUUGGUGUGGGAUGCUCCAUAAUUGCAGUGGGUUUUCUCGAGGCCAUCGCAGUUUCCUGGUUCUAUGGUAUCAAAAGGUUCAGCAAUGACAUUCAGGCAAUGCUUGGAAAAGCCCCGGGAUUAUUCUGGAGGGUGUGCUGGGUCGCUAUUAGCCCGGCAUUUCUGGCGUAUAUUAUAGUGAGCUCCCUGCUGAAAGCGCCAUCCCUCACGCUGUUUGAUUAUAAGUACCCGGACUGGAGCAUCACAGUGGGGUACAUCAUCGGCCUCUCCUCCUUCAUGUGGAUCCCCAUCUACAUGGUCUACAAACUCGUGUGGACCCCUGGCUCUCUAAAACAGAGGCUGGCAGUGUGUCUGAGACCAGAGCGGACCCUCCCAGAAAUCCAUGCCGAUAGCCUCAACCUGCCUACUGUUCCCCAGAGAGACACAAAUUCCUCUGUGUGCUUG